AUGGCGGGCAGUCGGUGGCCCUUACCUGAGCCCCACAAGGGGUGGCAAUUGAAGUCGGACCUGAGGAGGAAGUCGCUCUUGGAGUCGAGGCUGAUCAAGCGGUGGGUGUCAGGGCCCAACCUGGCCAAUGGGCUCCUAGGACAAAAGCUCAGCAGGAAGUGGCUGCUAGGGCGGGCGCCGCUGGAACCCGUGGCCCUGGGCAUGAAAUAUAAGCCCUUGUACAAGGACAGGAACAAGUUGCCUUCCUGCUCUUUCUCCAGGAACAAGGACAUGUUUGGGAAGUGCCCCACCUCCAUGGACAGCCGGCGGUGGGUAUUUGUGAAGGAGGGGGCGGACGACUUCAGAACGGGCUGUCCAUCUCCUGAAGAUAUGAUCACUCGUGGCCAUCGGGAGGGCUUUCUCCCCAUGAUUGCUCAUAGGAUUCCCCGCCCUCCGCCCAAAAAGAUUCAGAGGAAGCCGCCCAAGGGAGCGGACCUGUGUUCCAAGCUCACGCCAGCCCAGCGAGCACGGAAGGCUUUUGUAGAGAACAUUGAAGCCAACUUGAACAAGCAUCCCUUGGCGGACUGCCUGAAUCUGGAGGAAGAUCUCCCUCCAGACCUUCUCCUCAAGGUGCUGCAAGUGCUAGAUCCUGACAGGGAGCUGGAGGACACAUGGGUUUAUUGUGAGGGCACCAAGGAAAGAAAGAAGACCUCCACACACCUGUGUGAAAAACAUCCCGAGGAGGUCAACCUGGAAGUUCCCCAGGCAGUGAACCUGGAACCUCCCAAGGCAGUCAAACUUGUCCCUCCCAAGGCAGUCAAACUGAAACCUCUCAAGACAGACAAACUGGAGGCAGUCAACGUGGAAUCUCCCUGGAACUUCAACCUGGAACAUAUAGAGGCAGACAUCCAGGAACCUCCCGAAGAAGUCAACCUGGAACCUGAGGAAAAAGACCAUGCGAAAACAGCCAAAGAGUGUCUCCAGUCUUAUUUAUUCAGUUUGUUUCCUGAGCAAGAGACAAAAAAAUCAUGCAAAAGGAUCAUCCCCAAACUUCCUGUUUUCCAAAGCACAAGAAAAGUAGUUCAUGAAUUCUGCAAAUGGAUUGAUGAUACUUUUGGAGACAUAGGCAUUGAUGAAGAGGCCAUCAUGAAAAAGUUUGAAAUUGAUUUUGAGGGCCCACUCACCCAUGCUACAGUCAAAAUAAAGAAAAUAAGUCACCUUCCUUUGAAUAUAAGGCCCAGCAAACAGCUAGAUGGUUUAAAGCAGAGAAAAUUCUCCCUGCAGGAAGAUAACUGGGAAAGGAAACUCCGAAAACCACACGACCCUUAUAAAUCCAAAUGGGAGAAGAUAAGGUAUGGAGCAUGGUACCUGGACCCCAAACUCUGGAAAAAGUUGGUCAAUGACGCACCUUUGUCCGACCCUAAAGUCGUCCGUGACAGGGAUUAUUGGAACUAUAGAAGGCAUCUUGAACCAGACAUUAUUGAUGAACUUUAUGGACCAAUUGCCUUCAAAGAUUUUGUUGUAAGCAAAGGCUACUCGAUGCCAAGUGUGAUUGAGAAGAUGUUUAUAAGGAAGGGAUGGAACUAUGAUUCUGUGAAGACUCCUAUACACCGAGUAGUGAAACUCCUCUCUCAACCCAAAGAGGAGGAUUCAGAGGAAGAAGAGAAUUAG